GAUUGAAUAGUAACUAAAAAUAUUCUUCAAUGGUGGGCACUAACUCAAACUCAAAAACAAAGCAACGAAGAUGUAGGACAUAAUAUCUUAGGAUUGCCCUAAUGAUUACCCAAUCUAGCUCCACUUGCAACACAUCAGCUAUUCUUCCAAAUUUCUUGUCAAACCUCACUUUGUCAAGAUUGUGUAGAUUGUUCCAAGCAACAACCAAGUCUUUUACAGAAGGUCUUUUAGUCUGUACAGAGAAUCCAUCCUUGUGUGACUUGUUGGACAACAGUAGACAUUGGAGCUAAGAACUCAUCCUUUUUCCCUUAUUGUCCCUUUUCUUCAAAGAAUCCAUGUGUAAAAUAAUCAAUUAUCUAUUUAUUAAAGUAGAAAGAUGAGUUAAUAAAUAUCAUACCUCUUU